AUGUCUCAACCAGCAGGAAGAACCAUCUUGGCCUCGACCAUCGCGAAGCAGUACACCGAGGAAGUCACGAGUAAAGUGAAGGCUUUGGGCUUCAAACCGAAGUUGGUUGGUUUUUUGGCCAACGAUGACCCUGCGGCUCAGAUGUAUGCUAGCUGGACUGGAAAGACCUGUGAGUCUUUGGGGUUCACGUAUGAGUUGGUGAAAGUCAACAAAAACGACUUGGAGACAGCCAUCGUUGAUGCCAAUCAGAACGAUGACGUGAACGGAAUCAUGGUGUAUUUCCCUGUGUUUGGAGACAAGCAGGACCAGUACCUCCAACAAGCCAUUUCUCCCGAGAAGGACGUCGAGGGCUUGAACUUCUUGUACUACCACAACUUGUACCAUAACGUGAGAUUCCUCGAUGCUCCGACCAACGAGCAAAAGUCGAUUUUGCCCUGCACGCCUUUGGCCAUGGUCAAGAUCUUGGAGUACUUGGGUGUGUACAACAAGCACUUGCACUACGGCAACCGACUCUACGGAAAGAACAUCUUGGUGGUCAACAGAUCAGAAAUCGUAGGGCGGCCUCUUGCUGCGUUGCUUGCAAACGACGGGGCCACCGUCUACUCCGCAGACAUCAACAACAUGCAGAAGUUCACCAGAGGCGAUGACUUGCUGAUGCACAGACACAAGGUGGAGGAGUUGGACUACGCGGAAUACUCGCCCGAGAAGAUCGCGUCUCAGUGUGACGUGGUGAUCACCGGGGUGCCCUCGGAGGGGUUCAAGUUCCCGACGACGAGCAUUUCCAACGGAACGGUGGUGAUUAACUUUUCCAGCAACAAGAACUUCAACGAUGACAUCAAAGAGAGGGCGGGGUUGUACGUGCCAUCGAUUGGGAAAGUGACGAUUGCGAUGCUCUUGAGAAACUUGCUCCGUUUGAUCGAGAACAAGAAAAUCAGACAGAGCAAGUGA